UCCCCCGCACCACCGACGAAGGAAAAUUCAGGAAGUCAUCGGACGGCGUCGAGAGGGAUUCCAAACACAUGGAAGGCGACGUCACCAACGUGAACAGAAAAUGCUCGGCCGUCACCGGAAGUGGCCGCAAACUGAAGGACAACGCAGCCGACUGGCACAACUUAAUGCUGCGCUGGGAGAAGCUCAACGAUGAAGGCUUCACCAUCGCGUCAAACAUCGCCAACGCCAGAAGAAGCAGCGCCUCUGUCUCACCCCCUGUGCAGCGGCGAGACGGAAGGAUCUUCGGGGGAUCUCGUGCUGGGGAAUUUGGCGCUUCGGGACGAAUGUGAAAAACUGGAGGACGUCGUCAACAAAAUGGCGGCCAUCGUGGCCAAGAUGGAGCGGCUGAUGGCGUCGCAGCGAGGCCUGGUGGACCUGGAGGAAUUUCAGUUUGGGCCCCAAGGCAGGAAGGUUCCGCUCUUCCACGGCUGGAAUGCCAAAGACUUUGUGUCUUCGUGCGGCCUCCUGCUGCGCUCGUUCACGUCGGAGCUGCGUCUGAAGCGCGUCCUGCUCCGGGAGGUGGCGCACUGCGUCGAGCGGGACCUGAGCUUGGUGUACCUUUCGUGUUGGCUCCACCAGCCGCUGGUGCCGGCGCGCGCCCGCCUGGCCCUGGAGGCGCUCCUGCUGGAGACGGGCCAGCGACACCUUCCCGCUUGACA